UUUUAUAUAUCAUCUGGUCUCCAAGCUUCCUGAGAAGGAAUACAUAAUGAAUUAUUCUUGAUAGAUAGGAAUCUAGUAUUUUGAAGAACUCUGUGGUGGGAAGUUCUAUAAACUUUUUAGUCUUUUACUAAGCUCAGAAAUACUGUCAGGAAGUUUUCUUGUGUAUAGCUUAUGUCUUGGUUUUUAUUUUUGGAUAUGGUACACAGUUUCUCUAUGAUUAUUCUCUUUUUGUCAACUUUUGCUAUCAGAGAUGACCUUGCUGAUUAUGUUUCUGAAACUAGAUCUUUUCUAUUGCGAUUACAAACAUGCAUUCUGUACAUGACUAGUUCUAUUUGUUAUUUGUUAGGCUUGGUAUUAUGUUUGCUGCUUUCUUCUCUUCAUAGAUGUUACAAAGCAGAUAUGAAUAGUGUUAUUAAGUGGUUUCUUAAUCUUUGUUUUCUCUUUUCUAACCUUUUAGGUCUGUAAUCCUCUGAAUUUCCUUCAACGUCCUGUAUCUCUGAAUCUGUAAACUCCAGAUCUGGGCAAAUUAUUCUUUAUAAGGCCAAGGUUAUAUCACAGUUACUACUUAGCACUCAUAUUUUCCCAGUUUCAGAUUAAAAGCAAGCCAUUGCAUUGGUCAUUCAGGCAUAGCUUAUUAUUUAUAAAGAGUGAUUAUAUCAUUAUUGGUACCAAUUUUUCCACGUUGUAUUUGUACAGUAUUUUUUUCCUCCAUAAGUAAUGUGUUUUGUUCGUUGUGUGUGUGUUUGUUUUUUUUUUUGUAGGAAUCGGAUGGCAUAAGUGGUUAAGGUGGUAUUCAGGGUCACUGAAGCCUAUGAAAGGUAGAAACUCAACCAUGAUUUCUUUUUCAACUCUACAGCAUUCCCAUCCUUGAAGUCUUCAGUUUUACCUUAGUCUCAGGCAGUUAUAAUUAAGCAUGAACAUUGACGACAAACUGGAAGGAUUAUUUCUUAAAUGUGGCGGCAUAGACGAAAUGCAGUCUUCCAGGGCGAUGGUUGUAAUGGGUGGAGUGUCUGGCCAGUCCACUGUGUCCGGGGACCUGCAGGAGUCAGUACUUCAAGAUCGGAGUUUGCCCCACCAGGAGAUCCUUGCUGCAGAUGAAGUGUUACAAGAAAGUGAAAUGAGACAACAGGAUAUGAUAUCACAUGAUGAACUCAUGGUCCAUGAGGAGACAGUGAAAAAUGAUGAAGAGCAGAUGGAAACACAUGAAAGACUUCCUCAAGGACUGCAGUAUGCACUUAAUGUCCCUAUAAGUGUAAAACAGGAAAUUACUUUUACUGAUGUAUCUGAGCAACUGAUGAGAGACAAAAAACAAAUCAGAGAGCCAGUAGACUUACAGAAAAAGAAGAAACGGAAACAACGUUCUCCUGCAAAAAUUCUUACAAUAAAUGAGGACGGAUCACUUGGUUUGAAAAACCCUAAAUCUCACGUUUGUGAGCACUGCAAUGCUGCCUUUAGAACGAACUAUCACUUACAGAGACAUGUCUUCAUUCAUACAGGUGAAAAACCAUUUCAAUGUAGUCAAUGUGACAUGCGUUUCAUACAGAAGUACCUGCUACAGAGACAUGAGAAGAUUCAUACUGGUGAAAAACCGUUUCGCUGUGAUGAAUGUGGUAUGAGAUUCAUACAAAAAUAUCAUAUGGAAAGGCAUAAGAGAACUCACAGUGGAGAGAAACCUUACCAGUGUGAAUACUGUUUACAGUAUUUUUCCAGAACAGAUCGUGUAUUGAAACAUAAACGUAUGUGCCAUGAAAAUCAUGACAAAAAACUGAACAGAUGUGCCAUCAAAGGUGGCCUUCUGACAUCCGAGGAAGAUUCUGGCUUUUCUACAUCACCAAAAGAUAACUCACUGCCAAAAAAGAAAAGGCAGAAAACUGAGAAAAAAUCAUCUGGGAUGGACAAAGAGAGUGCUUUGGACAAAUCAGAUCUGAAGAAAGACAAAAAUGAUUAUUUGCCUCUUUAUUCUUCAAGUACUAAAGUAAAAGAUGAGUAUAUGGUAGCAGAGUAUGCUGUUGAAAUGCCGCAUUCUUCAGUUGGGGGAUCACAUUUAGAAGAUGCAUCAGGAGAAAUACAUCCACCUAAGUUGGUUCUCAAAAAAAUUAACAGUAAGAGAAGUCUGAAACAGCCACUGGAGCAAAAUCAAACAAUUUCACCUUUAUCCACAUACGAAGAGAGCAAAGUUUCAAAGUAUGCUUUUGAACUUGUGGAUAAACAAGCUUUACUGGACUCAGAGGGCAAUGCUGACAUUGAUCAGGUUGAUAAUUUGCAAGAGGGUCCCAGUAAACCUGUGCAUAGCAGUACUAAUUACGAUGAUGCCAUGCAAUUUUUGAAGAAGAAGCGAUAUCUUCAAGCAGCGAGUAACAACAGUAGAGAGUACGCGCUGAAUGUGGGUACCAUAGCCUCCCAGCCAUCUGUAACACAAGCAGCUGUGGCAAGUGUCAUCGAUGAAAGUACCACAGCAUCCAUAUUAGAUUCACAGGCACUGAAUGUGGAGAUUAAGAGUAAUCAUGACAAAAAUGUUAUUCCAGAUGAGGUACUGCAGACUCUGUUGGAUCAUUAUUCCCAUAAAGCUAAUGGACAGCAUGAGAUAUCAUUCAGUGUUUCCGACACAGAGGUGACGUCUAGCAUAUCAAUAAAUUCUUCAGAAGUACCUGAAGUCACCCAGUCAGAGAAUGUUGGAUCAAGCUCCCAAGCAUCCUCAUCAGAUAAAGCCAACAUGUUGCAGGAAUACUCAAAGUUUCUGCAGCAGGCUUUGGACAGAACUAGCCAAAAUGAUGCCUAUUUGAAUAGCCCGAGCCUUAACUUUGUGACUGAUAACCAGACCCUUCCAAGUCAGCCAGCAUUCUCUUCCAUAGACAAGCAAGUCUAUGCAGCCAUGCCCAUCAAUAGCUUUCGAUCAGGAAUGAAUUCUCCACUAAGAACAACUCCAGAUAAGUCCCACUUUGGACUAAUAGUUGGUGAUUCACAGCACUCAUUUCCCUUUUCAGGUGAUGAGACAAACCAUGCUUCUGCCACAUCAACACAGGACUUUUUGGAUCAAGUGACUUCUCAGAAGAAAGCUGAGGCUCAGCCUGUCCACCAAGCUUACCAAAUGAGCUCCUUCGAACAGCCCUUCCGUGCUCCAUAUCACGGAUCGAGAGCUGGAAUAGCUACUCAAUUUAGCACUGCCAAUGGACAGGUGAACCUUCGGGGACCAGGGACAAGUGCUGAAUUUCCAGAAUUUCCCUUGGUGAAUGUAAAUGAUAGUAGAGCUGGGAUGACAUCUUCACCUGAUGCCACAACUGGCCAGACUUUUGGCUAAAAAAAAUUAAAAGUGUAAAUAAUACUGGCACUUUAGAACAGAUUAAUCAAGAUUGGGGUUACUCUGUGUAAAAUGGAGUGCUGUACAGAUUUAAGAGCAACGCGAUAUAACAAGUUAAGCUGAUAUGAAUAGCAAGAUAAUCCAAUAACUGCGUUUUGUUUGGUUAGUCAGCAUUCUUUGAACUGCCUUACAUGUUGUCACCUUUAUAGAAGCAAUGCAUUACUUGUUUUAGAUCAGAAACUUGCUAUUCCACCUACACCACAUUUAAAAGGAAAAAAAAAAAAGACUUUCGCACAAUUGUUUCCUAACUGAUAACAUUGUACAUUCUUAGGAGAUUAGUAAUUGUGUGAAAUUUACUCAUACUGUUUAAGUUUUUCAGCAUAGUCAUUGCACUUCAGCAGGGAAUCUGAUUAUACUUUACAGAGUGAACUUAAACGUUUAAAUGUCAAGAGAUUAUGGCUUCAGUAAAUUAGUGUGUCUCCUGUGGGGGAAAAAGAAACCAAGAAACCACCCUUUUAAAAAGAAUGAUAUGCCAUAUACCCUUGAUUUUCAUUUUGCAUUAUAUUGACAUGUUUUUUGUUUUUUUUUAAAGAAGAAAAGUAAUAAAAAUCUGAUAGUCUAAGACUCCACUAUUUAAAAUCUUACUUUUAAAAUAUGCAUACUUUCAAAAGUUUUACCAAAAUAUGUAACUAUUGAAGCAUUCAUUUCUAUGGGAGUAUGCAUAUGGUGUCAGUUUCUUUGUACAGUUGUACCUAGAUAUUUUUUAUGAUUUUUCAUGUGCAAGUAUAAGAUUUUGAAGUUUUAGUAAGAAGAUAUUCUGUAGAGUACAUUCCCAAGAACAUAAUGCUUAUACAAAUGUAUAUUCCACGUUUUAAAGCUUAAUUGUAUUUUACUUUACAUAUACACUUCAGUUAACAUAGAGCACUUAGAAUCUAUUUGGUAUUUUUGAUUUCUCAAAGUAAAAAAAGAUUUAGAUUUUUAGGUUUGAUGUGGUUGUGUCAUAAUCAUCUCAUAAUUGACAAUUUUAAUUUUUGGCAAUAAAAGGAAAUUGGGUAUCUUUGGAACUGUAAAACCUGGUUUAAUCUUUUUCUUUCUAGAAUCUUGAUAGAUUGGAUAAACAGUAUCCAGAGAAACGAAAGAAAUGGGCAUUUUAAUUGCUUAUUUUAUUUUGAGUUAAUAUUUAAUGAACACUGUUCAUUACAAUUUUACAAACCAAAAGUGUUUACUAAUUCUAGUAACUACAAUUUCUUUUUCAGCUAGAUGAGUGAUCGGAAACUUUUUGUUGCAUUUCAAAAUCUAAAUAAACUACAGACUUUAUCCUUA